AUGAUGUUGACGACGGGGUGGGCGGUGUCCGCGUGGCUGCUGCUGCUGCUGCUGCCGAUGCCGAUGGCCGUCGCGGCCGACGCGGCCGACGUGGUCGAGUACAAGGUGGGCGUGCUGAUGACCACCCGGCUGGACUCGCCGUUUGAUCUGGAGCGGUGCGGGCCAGCGGUCGACUUGGCCUUGGACAUGGUCAACAAAAAGUUUCUGGCCCAUCACAAAAUACGUCUCAAGAAAGUCGAGAACAGCUAUCCAUCUUGCUCAGGUGCUCAUGCACCAGGAUUGGCUGCAAAAAUGUACUUUUCUGAUAAAGUCAUGGCGUUCAUCGGACCAGCGUGCGCUUUUGCAUUGGAGCCCGUCGCUAGAUUAGCCGCGUUUUGGAAUUUACCAAUCAUAACCGGAAUGGGAGACCAACCACCAGCAGAGGGACAAGUUUCUGUGAUGUCGGGUAUACUCGGGAAAUUGCCGAAAUGGAAAAAUGAUUCGGGGAUUUUUAAGGACAAAUCCGAGUAUCCGACGUUAACGAAAAUGUCAUAUUGUCAGUGUAGAUUAAAACUUGUAUUUUUAAGCAUUUUCAAAAAGUUUAAAUGGCGUCACGUGGCUUUGAUACAAGACCGAUCAGACUUAUUCUCCCUAACCGUCGGUAAGAACUUGGAAUCGGGACUUCGAAAAGCUGGGGUUCUGAGUUUCAUACGAGAAUUGGACGGCAAUGAUGAAGACCCGUGCGAAAUAUAUUUAAAAGACGCUAGCAUGUAUGCCCGAGUUGUGAUAUUGUGCGUGAGGGGAACGUUAGUGCGGAAGUGCAUGUUGGCGGCACACCGGCUCGGAAUGACCAAAGGGGAAUGGGCAUUUUUGGACGUGGAACUAGUACAGGGCACUUAUUGGGGGGAACACGGAUGGUCGGUGGGCGACGGGGAAGACGGCGCGGCGAGAAAAGCGUACCAAGCGCUGUUACGGGUGUCGCUGCUGAAGCCCACCAGCACGCAGUUUCACAAUUUUUCCAAACUGGUCAAGCAAAAGGCGCUGGAGACCUACAACUACACGCUGUCCGAGAGCGAAGAGGUGAACUUCUUCGUCGGAGCGUUUUACGACGGCGUGCACUUGCUCGGCAUGGCUCUGAACGAGACGUUGACACAAAAACGGGACAUCAGGGACGGCAAGGCCAUCACCAGUCUGAUGUGGAACAGAACGUUCAGCGGUGUGACGGGUCGCGUGAGGAUUGACGAGAACGGCGACAGGGAUGCGGACUACGCGAUACUGGACUUGGACCCGAUCACCGGCCGGUUCGAGGUGGUGGCCCGUUAUUACGGCGAGGCAAGGAACUACAGCCCCGUGGUGGGCAAACACAUCCAUUGGCCCGGAGGAUCGGACGGACCUCCCAAGGACGUGCCGUCCUGCGGUUUCAUGGGCAACAGCCCGGCGUGCGACUCGAAAGAUGCUUACUAUAUCACGUUGUACGCGUUGAUAGCCUUCACCGUGUUCAUUUCAUUCGUCACCGUGCUAGCUAUUAUCGUCAACAGGCAGUUGAAACUGGCUGCGGAUCUGAACAACAUGAGUUGGAGAGUGCGACCAGAAGAAGUAUUAAUUGAAGUCAGCAAACCGUAUUCGUCUCGUUUGGCUCUGCAGAAGCCCACCGAGAUAUUCGAACCAGCGUUGCAAGAAAAAUUAAUCUGUCGUCGAAGGUCUGACACGUCAAAUUCGUCGUUGCCACCGGCUCAAGUUUACACUACAGUUGGUAUUUACAAGGGAUCUAGGGUUGCGAUAAAAAAAGUUGUCAAAAAAAAAGUCGACCUGAACAAAAAACUUUUAUGGGAAAUUAAACAAGUACGUGACGUGACACACGAGAAUACUGUACGUUUUAUUGGCGCGUGCAUCCAUUGUCCUACCGUACUCAUACUCACGGAGUACUGUCCGAAAGGAAGCUUAAAAGAUGUUCUGGAAAACGACGCACUUAGAUUGGACUGGAACUUCAGGAUGUCAUUGAUACACGAUAUCGUCAAGGGCAUGGCGUUUUUGCAUAGCUGCGAGGUAGGAGUGCACGGAAAACUGCGAUCGAGUAAUUGCCUGAUCGAUGGACGGUUCGUACUCAAGCUGUCCAACUUCGGGCUGCGUACGCUCACCACACCAUCGGAAGUCGUGCACGAUAGUGUUUACUACCAUAAACUAUUAUGGGUGGCUCCAGAACUCCUUUCCGAACACACCACGAACUUAAUACCGGCUACCCAAAAAGGAGACGUUUACAGUUUUGCUAUUGUACUGGAAGAAAUUGUUGUCCGUGGUGGACCUUAUGAAUUUGUUAAGAAUGAUUUGACUACACAAGAAAUUUUGGAACGAGUCGAGAAGCGUGAAGAACCAUACUUCCGUCCGGAUAUAUCUGGACACGAUUGUCCUGAACCUCUGUCCGAACUCAUCCAAAGAUGUUGGAAUGAUAUUCCCGAAGAGAGACCUGGCUUCGACAUAAUGCGAAGUAUCGUCCGACAAAUUACCAGGGGAUACUGUGAAAAUUUAAUGGACGACUUGGUUUUACGAAUGGAACAGUAUGCGAACAAUUUGGAAGCUCUGGUCGAGGAAAAAACCGAUCAGUUGAGUCAAGAAAAACGUCGAUCAGAAGAACUGUUAUUUCAAGUACUGCCCAGACCUGUCGCUCAACAACUAAUGGCCGGGGAAAUGGUUAAACCAGAACAAUUUGAAAGCGUCACGGUGUACUUCAGCGACAUCGUGGGCUUUACCGUCCUGUGCGCUCAGAGUUCUCCAAUGCAGGUGGUAAACCUCUUGAACGAUUUGUACAGCACGUUCGAUCGGAUAAUAGGAUUUUACGACGUCUAUAAGGUCGAAACGAUUGGUGACGCAUACAUGGUUGUCUCUGGAUUGCCAGAGAGAAACGGUGACAACCAUGCCAAAGAAAUUGCACUAAUGGCUUUAGCUAUACUAGACGCCGUUCAGAUGUUCACCAUUCAACAUAAACCCGAUGCUCAGCUCAAAGUCCGAAUAGGAAUUCACACAGGUCCCGUGUGUGCAGGUGUCGUCGGUCAAAAAAUGCCUCAUUACUGUUUAUUCGGAGACACAGUUAACACCGCGUCCAGGAUGGAAUCGACUGGAGAACCGUUGAGAAUUCACGUAAGCUGGGCGACCAAACACAUACUAGACACAUUUCAGACGUUCAAACUGGAACUGAGGGGUGACGUGGAGCUAAAGGGCAAAGGCGCAGUGGUCACCUACUGGUUGGUCGGGUGCACCGAACAAGAUCCCAGACCGCCGACACCGAUCAGUACGGACACAUUGGACCCCACUAACCCGUAUCCCUUGAUAUUCCCCGAGUUGAGCAAAUAAUUUCCUUACACAUAACAUAAGUAUAUAAAACGAAUACCUGAAACGUUAUACAAAUAAUUAUGAUAAUAAUUUAAUAUUGUUUACGUAACAUUAAAUUGUAUUCCUGUGUGACAACAUAAAAUUUAUUUUACAGUCACAAAAACCCAUUUACCCGCAGGAAAAUGUACUACCAUUACUCAUACUACUACAAAAUUGUCAUUGCCCAUAACCGUUGUCUAUGACGGCGUGAUAGAUUAUUUAUUAAAUGGUUUAGGAAAUAUAAAAGCUUUAAAUAAAAUAUUUAUUAAUUUUGUUUUUCUAUAUUCGUACACGUGUUCCAAAGCACGAUGCAAUUUGUUCUAAAUCACUAACUAAAUACCUCGAUCAUUGGUCAAUUUUUCAAACGAUUAUCAAUCAGUACUACAGUUAAGAAAAUGGAGCACCAUAUAAAAUUGAAAAAAAUUGUUUGCAAAAAUAAAUGAUUGAUUAUGCGCUUA